GAUGUGUCGGGUCACUCUUUACUCUUUACAAUGUGAUGCUGACAUUUAAGUCUAAGUUAUAUAUAAGUUUGCAAUAUACAACGAUUUCUUUUCAUGAUUAUAAAUUAGAUGUACAGUAUUUUUAGGUGGAGGAACUGAAUGUAUAAGUUUAUAUAAACUAGCUGCAGGGAUUUUAAAGUGACUGUGAACCUCCCCUCAGAAGAAGCUUGGAAAAAGACACAUCCUCACUCCACCUUAGUUUACUUGCUUACUUUCACUCAACUCCUUGAUCCCAUAGACAUUCAGGAAAGUCAGGCUUAUAUUGCUGUUUGACAGAAAAAACAGUUUGUUCCAAAGAUAUUUAUUAGUGACUGACUAUAGGAAAGUAAAAACUGUGAAAUUCCCAAAACGACUUUAUCUCUGCAACCAAAUCUCACACAUUCAGACUUUUCUACACAAUCUUCUAGCGUAAUAUUUCUUCAGCCCCUUUUUCUUCAAAGAUCAUCCCACUUUAAAGACCUCGGUUCUGAAAGUGACUAUAUAUUUUAUUUUUAAUGGAGUAAUGUAUUUGUGAUUUGAGGUGCCACUCUGGCCAUGCGAGCUGCCCCAAUGGCUCUGGAGGACAUAAUGGAGUGGCAACAAGCUCCGCCCCCGUUUGGCGCUGCCCCUGGUGGCUUCCGUCUUCGGCGAGGGAGCAGAUUCACCUGGAGGAAGGAGUGUCUGGCUGUCAUGGAGAGCUACUUCAGUGAUAACCAGUACCCUGACGAAGCGAAGAGGGAGGACAUCGCCACUGCCUGCAACGCCGUCAUUCAUAAACCAGGAAAGAAGCUGACUGAUCUGGAGAGGGUCACAUCUCUGAAGGUCUACAACUGGUUUGCCAACAGACGCAAAGACAUCAAGAGGCGCGCCAACAUUGGUAAUGUCUACUUGUGUUUGUGUGGUGACUGUAGUUAUAAUCAGUGUGACUUUAGAACUCAGCAUGACGAAGGUACUUGGAAACGUAAUGCAUGUUAUCUUUCAUGCUGGGCUGAGGUUUCAGAUAGUCUCUAAAUAAAUCAAUAAACGCACAACUCACAUCUUUGUUAACCAACCUGUUGACUGUUGACCUACACCUGCUUGAAACAACACAACACGAUACAGCUGUAGAAUCUCACACACAUCUGGGUAUC